AUGAAGCCAACAGUGUUUGCAGAGUUGCAACACUGGUACGAGGCCACCCUACAAAGCCUGGAAGGCGGCUCGAUUCCUUCAAAAUCCCAAAAAUCGAAACUAGUUCAUGUGUACGACACAGUUUUCCAUGGCUUCUCCGCUAAACUGACCACGCAGCAAGCCCAACAACUUGAGGAGCGGCCGGGGGUCGUUUUCGUUUUCCCCGACCGACUUCUCAAGUUACACACCACCUGGUCGCCUCAUUUCCUAGGCUUAUACGAUGAUACUAACUACAUCGUGGCUCGGCCUUUGUUGAAUGAAUCCCAUUACGGCAAGAACGUCACCAUCGGAUUCCUCGACAGCGGUAUCAAUCCCAACCACGCUAGCUUCAACGACUCGGGCAUCGACCCCCUCCCAGCGGGCAGAUGGAAAGGGGAGUGCGAGAAACCGAUUAAUUGCACCAACAAACUUGUUGGCUUUAGGAUCAUUACCACUGGAACGGACGUCGGUCACGGCACGCACGUGGCGUCCACGGCUGCAGGAAGGGCCGUCACGAACGUGUUUUAUUCUGAAAAUGCAAGCGGCACGGCCGUCGGAGUCGCGCCCAAGGCACGAAUCGCAUCCUACAAAGUAUGCGAUGUUGGUGGCUGCUCUAUGUCCGACGUUAUCCUCGGUUUCGAAAAGGCGGUGAAGGAUGGGGUUGACAUAAUCACCGUCCCCUUCGAAUUCCCUGAUAGUGAAUAUCAACAGAACCCCAUCGUGAUUGGGGCGUUUGCUGCCAUGGAUCGGGGCAUUUCAGUCAUUGCAUCCGCCGGGAACAGCGGCCCUUUUGAACGCACAGUGCUGAAUGUUGCCCCAUGGGUGACGACCGUCGGCGCCGGCACAAUGGACCGAAGGUUUGCGGCUGAUCUUGUUGCCAACAACGGCUUCGAGAAGUUCCAAGGGGCUUCGCUUUACAGUGGGCCCCCCUUGGAUCCCGCUUCUCUGCCCCUAGCAUACGGAGGGGAUUGUAUGUCGCUGGACCAAAGCUUUUCCGGAAAGAUUGUGGUCUGCAACUGGAUGGUAAAUCACACCGAUGUCGACGAGCCGGUAUUGAUUGAUGAGCUUGUAAGAAAAGUCGGAGGUGCUGGCGUGGUGGCAGCUAACAUUUACCCGGCCGGACGAGACCUCAUUGCCAAACACUUUACCAUCCCUGGCCUCGUCAUAUACGAGUCCGACGGGAACUUGCUCCGUCAAAUGAUAAAUGCCUCGAUGAUAAAUGGCACGAUGAUAAAUGCCACAAUGAUAUUCCAAGGUGUGGAAUUCGGGACUGACCAGCUGCCAGCUCCAGCGGUAGCUUUUUUCUCCUCCAGAGGCCCUAAUAACAUUUCACCAUAUGUUAUGAAGCCGGAUGUGCUAGCGCCAGGUGUCAACAUCCUCGCGGCAUGGCCAGAGGGCGUCGAGUUCAAACUGCUCUCCGGCACAUCCAUGGCCUGCGCUCACGUGUCCGGCCUGACUGCUCUCUUGAAGGGAGCCCACCCCGACUGGUCCCCAGCCAUGAUCCGCUCAGCCAUCAUGACCACGGCUUAUACCACAGCCAAUGAUGGCAACCCCAUAAUCAAUAAUGAUGAUGUGACCAAUUCUACAACCUUGGACAUGGGCGCGGGUCACAUUCAUCCGGGUAACGCCCUUGAUCCAGGAUUAGUCUACGAUAUCUCUCCACAAGAUUAUGUGAAUUUCAUGUGCGCCUCAAAUUAUACCGAUGUGGUCAUCAAAAAGAUAACCAGUGACAAAUACGGGAGUGAGAAUUGCAAUGACACGAACACGAUGCCGUGGGAUCUGAAUUAUCCAGCCAUCUCUAUUGAUUCGCAGUCAUUAGAUUUAAAUCGUGAUUUCAUCACGGUUACCAGGACCGUGACAAAUGUUGGUGAAGAUGUUUCUACUUACACGGUGAACGUGACCAAUCCAAAAGGGGUGAUUCUGAUUGUAACUCCGAAGAAAAUGGAUUUUACAAGCAAGGGUGAAAAGAAAAAUUACUAUGUGGCUGUUAUUGUAAACACAACAAAAUGGCCAGGAGAUAUUAGUGUGGAGGGGAAGAUAGUCUGGUCGGACGGGGAGCGGCAGGUGGUGUUGCCUGUUGUCAUUGCCAUAACUGGUAAUUGA